CCCCCAAUCUUUUUUCUCUAUAAAACCUACCUCUCUUAUCCCUUCAAAACCUUCUUCGCAUAAACUUUUCACCAACCCUAAUCCUCUAAUCCUAAAUCCUAAUCCUAAUCUCUUUUUCUCUCUUUUCUUCAAUCUCUUCUAUUUCCCCUCAAAACUCUGUCUCUCUGUUUUUCGAUCUAAGCUUUUCUGAUUUGAUUUAAUUGCAAAAAUCUUCAAUGUUUACGGAAUUUCUAUGACGUUGGCAAACCUUCUCCGUCGUAUCCGUCUUCGUCAUUCUUUCUCCGUCGCGUUUCUUUACUGGUUCUACGUUUUCUCAUGAAUAUUCUUUCAUCUCUGUAAUCUCGUUAAUCUCUAUAAUCUCUUUUCAUCUUUUCUCACUUUUUUUAACAAAACAAACUAGAUCUGCAUAAACAUAAUCCUAUUUUCACCAAUUUUGACAAAUUUACCGAUUCAAAUCCGGAAUCCGAUAAUCAAUGGCUUCGAUUCAACGUCCUGUAAGUUCAUGCUCUGCUUCAGGAGGUUCAGACGGUAUGGAUCUACAAAUCGACGAGCGAAAACGCAAGAGGAUGCUGUCAAACCGUGAAUCUGCGAGACGAUCCAGACUGAGGAAGCAGCAACAGGUUGAAGAUCUAACCGGAGAAGCCGGUAAAUUGAAAAUCGAGAAUGACCGUCUCGCGAGGAGCAUAAAGGCAACGGAGGAAGCGUAUCUGAAGAUGGAAGCUGCUAAUGAUGUUAUCAGAGCGCAGACUAGGGAAUUGGAGGCUCAGUUUCGCUUUUUGAAUUCUGUUAUUGAUGCUGCUGCUGCUGAAGAGGCUAAUAGUUUCUCCGUUGAUGAUGUGCCUUUGAUUGAUGAUCCUCUUCUCAAACCUUGGUUCAUACCUUAUCCAAAUUAUUCUAUGGCAUCGCAUGAAAUGAUGCUGCGUUGAUCUCUCAAAUCUUGUUGUUUAUUAAGUAGUUUAAUUAUGUUUCUGUUUUUUGUUUUUGUUAAUUUAGUUAUGUGUGUGUUUUAUUUUAUGUCAUUGAAUAAACAAAGACUUGUUCUUGUGUUGGUUUAGUCUAGUGAAGAUUGUUAAUGUAAUGCACUUUUUUAUUUAUAUAAAAAAGUUAUUAUUAGUGUGAA